AUGGUGUUUGGUGAUUUGGAUCAUGAAAAUGCAACAGUCACAACUGAAAAUGCAUCACAUGCAUCCUCCAAUAAUGAAUUUGAGGAAGGUGUUACAGAUGCAGUCACUCAAUCUGCUGCAAAAGCUGCUGUAAUAUUUUCUGCUGAAAUUCGGGGGCAGAAAUCGAAGGCCGAAGACCGAGGCCGAGGAUCAAAGGCCGAGAAUCGAAAGCUGAGGAUUGAGGCCCAGGAUCGAGGCCGAGGACCGAGGGCCGAGAGCCGAGGGCAGUCUGGACAGAACUUUGCACCAGUCCUAAUCAGUGGUGUUGCCUAUGCCACUAAUGCACAGAAGGUGUGGACGGAUUUACAAGAGAGGUUUGACAAAUCUGUUAUACCCACUCAUGACCGUGAUUGUGUCAAGACUAAGGAGUUUAUUGUGCAUCUUCGAAAGCAAAAGGUGUAUCAUUUUCUAAUGGGCUUGGAUGAUUCUUACCCUCAAGCUCAUAGUCAAAUACUUAUGAUGAAGCCACUUCCUUCAGUGAAUCAAGCAUAUGCCAUUCUUAUGAGUGAUGAAAGCCAAAGGGCUGUAGCUGCUUCUGCUGGUAUUUUAGGAUCCUCACCUACUGUAAAUGCCACACAUUCUUAUGAUUCAACUGCACUAUAUAGUGCUAAACCUAAUUUCAAUCCAAAAUUUAGGAAGAAUUACAAUAUUCAGUGUGAGUUUUGCAAAAUGAAGAGUCAAAUUAAAGAAAGCUGCUACAAAAUAAUAGGUUAUCCAUCAGAUCAUAAAUUCAAAAAGAAAGGGGGAACUGGUGCUUAUAAUGCAAUGGUCGAACCUGGAUAUACUAUGCCUAUGUACUUCAAUCAUGUCUCACGCCAGGCUUCUCAGCAAACUUCAAUGCCUCAUUUGCUUACAUAUCAAAAGCCUCAACAGAUCAUGAAUCAAGGAGUUGAAUUUUCUCAAGCUGUGAAUCAGGCACAGGGUGGCACUCAAGCUCUAGCAGGAUCCUCCUCUACACAGGCACAGAGACCUUACACAGUUUCCUCUCCACACACUCAAGGAAAUGUGUUCCCUUUCACUAAAGACCAGUAUGAUCAGAUAAUGCACAUUCUGAACAAUUCAACUUCAACUUCCUCUGCUCAAGCAAAUGUGGUAGGUACUAGCACUGCUCUCUUAGCAUCUACUAGUCCACAAGAAUGGAUUAUUGAUACUGGAACGACUAAUCAUAUGGUGUCAGAUGCUAACUUGUUUACUAAGACCUCUAUAGUUACUCCUUCUAAGCCUAGGACAGUCUUGUUACCUAAUGGAGAUAUCACUCCAGUGACUCACACCGGUGACAGCAAUAUUUCAGACAUAAGCACACUUAACGAUGUAUUUUAUGUGCCUCAGUUCACGUUCAACUUAUUAUCAGACUCCAAAGUGACAAGAGGCCUUAAAUGCUUUGCUUCCUUUUAUCCUAAUUUCUGUGUCUUUCAGGAUCUCUUCAGUGGCAGGGUGAGGGAGAUUGGUAGAGAAAGAGAUGGUCUAUACUUUCUGCAGAAAUAUGGUGGAAAGAUGCUCACUGCUGGAUUAUUAGCUGCUGCUGGAAUAAAGUCAAGGAAGGGAGACACUACAAUUGAUGUUGCCUUGUGGCAUAAAAGACUAGGGCAUGUAUCCAGUAUUGUUCUUAGAAAAUUGUUUGCUGCCAAACUAGCUAGUAUCAAUGACACUAUCAAUAAGUACAGUGUCUAUCCUUGUGCUAGGCAAACCAGGCUGGCAUUUCCUUCUAGCUGUAUUAAGACUGUUGUUGCAUUUGAUCUAAUACAUCUUGAUGUUUGGGGUCCAUAUAACUGUGCAACUUUUGAUGGAAAUAGAUAUUUUCUGACUGUUGUUGAUGACUUUACCAGGAUGACUUGGGUUUUCUUUUUACUGAAACUCAAAUAUGAUGUAUGUGUGGUACUUACUCAGCUUAUUGUGCUCAUUCAAACUCAGUUUAACAAAGUUGUAAAGGCAGUCAAGUCAGACAAUGGCUCUGAGUUUGUCAACUCUACCUGUACCACAUUGUUUCAGAAGUAUGGUAUCAUUCAUCAAAGAACAUGUGUCUAUACUCCUCGGCAACAUAGAAUUGCUGAGAGAAAGCACAUGCACAUCCUAGAAGUCACACGAGCUUUAAGGUUUCGGGCCCAUAUUCCUAUCAAGUAUUGGGGACAUUGUGUGCUUGCAGCAGUGGAAGAUAUAUUUCCCUUCAAAGACAUCACAGAUACAUCACCACCUAUUUUCUUGCCUUCUGAAUUGUCCAAUUCUAGUGAAGAGCAGCCUUCACUUCCUCCUGUUCCUGCUAGGCAUGAGUCUACUGGCUCUUCUGCUCUACACCAAUCUGCAGCAGAUGUGAUGCCUUCUAUUCCUCCUUCUAUGUCAUCUCAACUCUCCACUGGUCUGAGGAGAUCUUUGAGGACAAGGCAGGCUCCCAUUUGGAUGAAGGACUUUAUGUCACAACCUGGAUACAAAUCUAUUCCGUAUUCCAUUGCUAACUAUGUGUCAUAUGAUAGAAUUUCUCCCAAAUAUCAGGCAUAUUUAACUGCAUUCUCUGCAAUACAGGAACCUACUUCUUUUGAGAAAUCUGCUUAA